CCUGGGAACGUGGUCGGAUCUGAAGAUGUAUCUACUUGUAGGGUCGAUACGGGCUGCAUGCAGAUCGCUGGGCCGCGGCUCAGAUCAGGGUCGCGAAGCUCUCCACUUGCCUACCCACCCCCACAGUGUUCAUCGUCCAUCCGCUAAGGCGGGCUGAAUAUCAUUGCGCACUGGCCGCACCACCCCAACUAUUGACUUUGUUGCACUUAACUCGAACUGAAGCUGCGGACCAUGUCUAGCUCCAAGAGACGUGGAGGCCUGUUCGUGAAUGGCGUCUGGCAGUGCGACUGCACCCCCCGGAAGCCAACAGUGCAUUUUGAAGUCAAGAAAGAAGGUCCUAACAAGGGAAAGUGGUUUCGUUCCUGCCAGAAGCAGCAGACCGACACAACCCGCUGUAAAUUUUUUCUUUGGGACGCUGACGCAGAUAAACGCGAAGCGGCUGGUCUAGCAAACAACUCUCGCACCCCAUCUCGCGUCAAUCCAACCACCCCCUCCAAACGGCGGUCCUCACCUCCGCCGCCUUACACAGUUGAAGCAGGCCCAUCUGGAUCAAGUCGAAAGCGAACUCGCGCCGCUAGUGAGGACCUUGACGAUGAGUAUGGACUUGAGCAGAAUGACCAUGCUUUCAACGACGCGCUGGGUCGGGUCUUGAUUGCAGCUGAGACACCUAACAAAGCGAUUAAGACUUCGACUUUUGCUACUCCGUCGACGAGACGGAAACUGCCAUGGCAAACAAAUCAGUCAGCGACUGGUUCGACUGGUCUCCAGACGCCAAGGACAGAUCGACGAGCUGGAGACAACCCGUUCAACACAAGAAUUUCUAUGCCGAGCACCAUCACCCCUUCAAGGCUCGAUGAGCAUAACCUCAAUAACCACAGACCCGUUAUGCCCAGUUCUCCCUUUGACACACCCACGCCCAAUCGCUUCAAAAACGUAGGAGGAGACGAUCUAGUAGGAGAUGUGCUCCGUUUGCUUCAAGAAGCCAACAUCGGGCUCGAUAGCGACACGACGAACGACCUUAAAGCGAUCUUAUCAAAGCAUUCAAACAGCGCUGAAGGCUACAAGAGAGGCCGUGAUGUCCUCCGGACUACCAUCAAGGCGAAAGACGCAAAGAUCACCGAGCUUACCUACCGUGUGAGCACCCUUGAGGCGGAGAUGGAAGCCGAGAAGGCAGUAGCAAAACACAUGCAAUGGGAGGCCCAGACUGGAUCACAAUCUGAUCUAUAA